CACAUGUCCAGAGGCACGAGAGUCCCUGUUGUCGUUAUGCAAAAGCAUUUCCAUGAAUGGCGGACCAAGCCUCAAACUCCUUAAGGAUUGACACGACCAACGAGCCUCCCUCCCCCCCAAUUCUCGCCAUCUUUCUGGUCAACUUUGAUCAUCGCAAAGGAUACACUUUAGGAUGGCAUAGAUCUCUUGACGACGGUAUACCUCACACUCUCUUUUAUAUGUCGCGCUCGCGUUGAUUCGCAUCUGCAGUCCCCGUCGAGGGCGUUGUCGAGUUCAAGUCCCUCCCAUCCGGCCUGCACAACGUUGAAGAGGAUUUGGUGUGAGUGACAUACACAAGAGCUAGUCUACUUGCUGAAUGGUGGGGGAAGAUACUUCAUCCACGAUGAUUAUGCUGGACUCAGCGCCUUCGUCAACAAGGCAGACGACCAAGCAGACCGUGCUGCGCGGAUGCUGGCGGUCGGCGCACUGGUUUCCUUGGAACACGGUCGCAUGGGUCGCAUCUGGCGCCAUGCAGAAUCCCUAAUGGAGCUCGCUAGGGCGCAAGUCGACAACCCGGGCAAUGUUACUGCCCUGGAAGAGUAUUGGGAGAAGUUCAAGUUACGGCCUGAGGAGCCCGCAUUACAGACGCCGCUUGACUCAACUGAAGAGGACGCGACACACAAGCCCAAUGGCUAUGUCAAGUUCAGGACAAUGUCUACGGCAACAACCUUUAUUUCUCCGCAUCAUGCCUUGACACCACACCAUCCUGCAUUGACACUAAUAGAUUCAAUCAAGCUGUUUGGGCCCCUGAUAUUUCCAUUGUAUCGAGCAGCCUUGCUUCGCAGACGGAUCUUGAUCGUCACAGAGGCCCCUGUCGAAUUCUGCUGCAAUCUUGUAUAUAACCUGUCCAUCCUCUCGUCUGUCUCAAAGUCACUACUGCCGCUGCCACAUGGUGUCGAUACUCCUAGUACUCGGUUGCGCCCGCUGUUCACUGUUGGUGUUAUGGACAUCCCCCAGCUCGAGCAGGCCGGAGCUGCCAGCUCCAACCACGGUUUUAUUGCUUGCACAACGGACGAUGUGCUCACCUCAAAACCCAACCUCUACGACGUCCUUGUGCUCAUGCCAAAACCGCACUCACGGGAUGCCUCAAUGAAGGUGUUUCCUCGGAUUAUUGUUUCAAGCCCAGAAUUAACCAAGGCUUUCCCCAAAGUUGCCGUCAGAGCCACCCAACGAGACUUUCGUCGGUUCGCACACCUCAUUCGUGGUCUCCGGAGGCUAGAUCCCAGCGAAACGGCUGUAGAGGAUGAUGCAGCCUCGUCGGUUUCUUCACUUUCAUCCUCGAACUCGACGAAUAAAGCGGUAGUGGAGCCUCCAUCAUGGUCCAGAAUGGCAUACACCUCCUUCGUCUGGUGGGCUUCUGCUGGAGAUCGGCGCGAAGGAUUCGCCGAGGGAGAAGAACACGAAGUAGAACGAGACUCGCUCUUGCUGUACGGGGAAGAUGAGGAGGAGCAGACUCGUGAAGUGGCUGUGGUAGCUUACUUCCACCGCCUGACAGCGACCAUUUUUCACACUGUCACAGCCUCUAUUGCAAGAGCAGACGGCAGCGAUGAGGUUGAGGGGAGUUUUCACGACGACGAUGAAGAUGAUGAUGCAAGCUCUAAUGACCAAACGGGUCAAGAGGACAGCCGGCCUUUGCUGGUUGAGCAGACCAAGCAGACUGAUAUCGAGAUCAAUCAUGAAGACAUGCUGGAGAUGGGACUAGACAGCUGGAGCACAUCGGACAAAAGAUUUGUGGAGGAGCUUACGAAGCUCUGGUGGACAAGGCAAGCAUCGGUGCGGCCGGCAUCAAUUGAUUGUUGUGGACUCCGCAUCCUCUGAACCCAAGUUCUGGAACGAACGCCAGCUCAAUGCUGCAAGACUAUCAUUCAGUCUCGUCACAUUUGUCGAAAGUCUCGCUUGUCACCAUGACGUCGAUCACACGACUUGUUGCUCCAUGCAAUACGCCAAUUUCAGGAGUUGACAAGCGGCAGGGAUGAGAUACACCAACUUGCUCGUCUUCAUCCUCUAUUUUCGAUCUCACGUCGGCCAAUUGCACCAUGUGGAUUGCCAUAUUCAUCAAAAUACGGAUGCAGUCUCCGCUGUGAUCUCGUCAUCCAGGCGCAAAAGCCCACCAGAUGUCGAGGUUUGGCAGAUCCCGAGGACACCUAUAUAGCUUCCUGCAGGCAGUUUUGGCCACGAUCACCUGGUUCCGCGACAGUUGCUUGCGGAAUUCAAUCUUUAUAGAGAGUCACUGCACGGACUUGAUCAAUAUGAAGCUGGACACCACAAGUCUUCACCUAGCUUCCGUCCCACUCGCAGCUGUCACUGCUCAACUACCUGCUCGUGAUCCAGUGAGCAAGGAUCCGGCACUUGAGCUGAUGCACCUCUGUUUUGAUGAAUGGCCGACAGGUAGGCGGAAUGUCGCUUUUCGUGGAGAUCUGAAUAAACUCACAAAUGUCCCCAGGAGUCGCUGUCUCUGCAUUAGGGCGCAUAUUUUCGUGCUGUCUCUUGGGUCUCAAUUGCACAAAUACGAGAUAUCAGGUUGCCGAGCUUGCUCGAACAAUACCGAGAUCCCGUUUCCUAGCGCACAGAUUAAUUGGCUCCGGGGAAGAGCAGUCAAUUAUUCAACAUAUCCUCCCACGACAAAAGGUCUAUCGGCCUACCUGAUUUCAAUCCAAAGAGUGGUCGUCGAUCCUAAAGAUCGUUGCACGUGCCCUUCUCAGCAACGGCACACUAACGACAUCAAACUUUGGCAGUCCCAUAGGCAUCGACUUGACGAACAAUACUAUCUUCCAGAACAUCCUCUUCCCACCAGCAGUCGUCUACUCGAACUCUUAUCCGAACGAUGUUCGCACGCUUUUGUCGCAUCUUCAGGCUAAGGUAUUGCUUAAAUCACGGGUUUCUCUAGCCAAGGACGGAACGGGAUCAUUGUCGUGGAUCUUGGAACCUGUGAAGGAUGGCGUCAUCUCGAAAACAUCCCACAGCUCCGCCCUGAACCGGGCUUUUACAGUAACGUGUGGGGCGACUCUGUGUACAUGAAUAGUGGAGCCGGGAUGCCGACUUUGGUGCAGACGGAAUCGCUCUAUCCAACGGACGGGGAUACUUUGUACUUCCCAGUGGUUUCGGGACGUCAUUUGUAUGAUGUGUCUCCUUCUCGGCUGCGGGACAGAAGUGUCUCGUCUGAACUCGUUGCUCCAGUGUCGGUUAUGGACCUUGGCCAGAAACGCGUCAGCGAUGGGUUAGAGAGUGAUUCGAACGGCAUUGUUAUGUUGAAAGCAUUGAAACUGACUCCAUUGUCAUCUUCAACACUCAAAAUGGGACAGUUCAGACGUAUGUAUGGGACUCGCGGAUUGACUGGACGGAUACCUUUUCUGUGGCAGUGAACCAUUUGUACUUUUACGGAGAACCCGCUUUGGAGAGGAGCAUCGUGCCAGGGUGGUGUUUAUAUGUAGGUUAAACCUUACUCACUGUACAGGCUAUUGAACAACGCAACCAAGAUCCAGCUUGUGUAGAUGAGAAUAAUGGGCAGUGACAUAUUUGCUAAGGGGAGAGUCUGAGUGCAAG